AAAUACCAAAACGUAAUCCCUGCGGUUUAUUAGCAUAUGUUAUGGUCGACUGUUUAAUUCAGCAACACUUUCUUGUUCUGUUUUCCUACAUCCUUUUGUCUGAUUUGAGUAAUUACAUUAGGAAAUAGCCCAGGACUCGAAGUAGACCGCUAGGACGUCGUCGGGCAUUUCUCUACAAGCCUUGAAACCGAGGAUUUCUAGUCAGGAAGUUACUCGAACUAACUAGACAUGGAUAAUGCAGAGUUGACGAAACCUCUACUAGCUGAUAUUGACGAUCAUACCCAUGACGUUCAAGUACCCUACACGACGGUUACCACAGGGUACCCGCAUCUUGGCUUUCCCGACCCCUCCCCGGUGUUUAGCAUCUCGCCCAACUUGUCUUUCACACAGAUGGGAAAUGCGGCAGAGGUUUACUUUAUGAACAUCGAUCAGAAUACUGUCUUUGAUAAGGUCCAGUGUCGUAGAGGAGGCGUGGCUAAAAUGCGCGUCCAGUUAGGACUCAUUCGUAUGAUGUACGUGUCAAACGGAACUCAAAUCCUUCGCGUGCGCGUGUUUGUCUCUCGUGAAAGAGCCGCCGCCGAGUUACAUGGUGACACGAAUGGACCCGUGGAACUCCCUGUCAUGAUGGGCGAACAGCAGAUGGACCGGCAAUACUUCUCCGUGAACUUGGACUCCGUGUACAAUGGCCCCACGAUGCCUGUGUACAAGCUAGCGAAAGUCGAGAUGGGGGCGCGCAAUCGGUUCCAGCUCUCCGUCCGACUGGAGCACCUCGACGGCAGUGUACAGGAUUUUCCAAGUAAACCGUUCCUUAUACGCAGUAAGCCACGGGCCUUGCAAGCACAAGGAAGAAACAAACGCAUCAGAAUCGAACUUGAUAGCGACACAGAAGCAGACUCUGAAGAGGACCCUGAAGGUCACGAGCUGAUAGACUACAUCUUAUCCGAGUCUUCCAACAGCCCUGACAGCGGCAUGAGCGGAAGUGAGGAGCCCAGACCUCAUGUUCCAGUUCAAUUCAAAAGUCUAAAGGUUGUCGACCAUCUAGAGGCGAAUCGGGCGUAUAUUGAUCACUUAACUUUUCGGACAAGCGAAUCUACAGAGAAGGCAGAUAUUGGGUACCAUUUUCAGCUGAGCGACCCCGACACAUGUAAAGACUAUGAAGAAGGCGACGUCAUUGGAUUUUUCAAGGAUGCAAAGAACAGAACCGUGAUCGAGCUUCUUGAUAAUAGCAACGCCAGCAAAGCUUUCAUGGCGGGAGUCAUUUCACGAUCAGCAUACCUCGAGGCGAAGCGAUCUAACGAGGAAGGUGUAUCUGAUGUUGUGUGCGUGAUUGGAGUUGUCAACAUCAAAGUGUCGGGCUCCGUGCGCGCAGGGGAGCGGAUCUACAGUACCGUGAACAUGGAAUGCCCAGGGACGGCCCUUCCCGAGUCACACUUACCACCAGGCAUUAUGCUGACAAGGCGAUCCACCCUGUUAGGGAUGGCUUUAAAAGACUGCAAGGCCAGCACCCCUGAUAAGCCAAACCUUGUGAAGAGUUUCGCGUGUAUUGUCAUGGGAAUAAUGAGCAAACAGCUUACGAUGGAGAUGGAGACGAUGUACGAUCACUUCGACACGAAACUGACGGAGACAUUCAAGAAGGAGCGGCGACGAUCUCGUUUCAGGUUGUACCGAACCGUCGCCGCGCUGAUUGUGCUGAUUGCUCUCGUCACAGUCCUACUCUUCCAGAUCUAUUACCCAGGCUCCGCGCUAAGGCAGUUUGAAUGCAAGCGAGGCAGCAUACGUGACCAUUACUCGAGCUUCGUCUUCGUUCCUUAUUCGUCGAUAACUACUAGAGUGGCCGUGUACGGCGUCCUGUUCCCUGGUUGGAAAUCCUUACAGCAUAAGUUCCCGGAAUUAACCGACGAUGUACCGCCGCUGAACGCUACCGAAUUUCAUACAGUGAAGACAUUUUAUUAUCUGAACGUCGCGAGGUGUGCAGCAAGCCACGAAAAGUGGAUUACCGGACAUGGAUUCGGACCGGCCUUUUACGUCAUCAAUCACAACUGCAGCGCUGUGUUCUAUUACCAAAGUGCCCCGCCUGCAGGAUGGAGAAGCUACAAAUCCGUCGACAGGUUACGAUGUCACCCUGCCAGCGAUUUCAAGGAAUGAAGGGGUGGAGGUUUUAUUAGUAUUAUUUUAUCUAUACUUCCCCCUUUAUACCCCCUGACGGGUUGUAAAUGUGCCGAGGCGACAAAUAAUAUGAACUGAAACAAGUAACCCUAGAUCUCCUUCUUUUUAAAAUAAUAACAUAAAUAAUUUAAGUGUGAUUUUGAAUUAUGUUCAAAAGUAAAAAAAAAGGCAUAGCUGUUUUAAACAACAUUGGGUCCUUAUAAGUUUAUAAAAUAUGUGUUUUGUUACUCGUCACACGCUAAUGAUUAACUUCUGUUCGGCAUCAAGUUAAUUUAUCAACAAUGGCCGACUGAAUAUUUGGCUAUGCCUGAUAUCAAAAAAAGUAUUUGAUCCGAUCAAACCAUUUAUCUGUCUGUAUAUAGUACUUUUAGCUUCGAAAGCAAAUCAAGCCUGAUGCUCAGGCUUGUGUAUCAGUUAUAUUUUAAUGACUGAUAAUACCUUAAUUGUUAAAGGCACUUGUCUUUGUGUGCCACUUAGGUUGUGUUCAAUGCUAGAUGACAUUUUAGAAACAGUAAGACACCAGAAUGUCCCCCGGAAUUUUUUCCCCAACAUAUAAAUGGGAAUGGCAAAAGAGUAAGUUGACCUCAGCUCUUGACGAAUUUAUUGACCACGCCUCUUGACAAAUUUGACCCCGCCUCUUGACAAAUUUGACCACGCCUCUUGGCAAAUUUGACCACGCCUCUUGACAAAUUUGACCACGCCUCUUGACAAAUUUGACCCCGCCUCUUGACUAAUUUGACCCCGCCUCUUGACUAAUUUGACCACGCCUCUUGGCAAAUUUGACCACGCCUCUUGGCAAAUUUGACCCCGCCUUUUGACAAAUUUAUUGACCCCGCCUCUUGACAAAUUUGACCCCGCCUCUUGACAAAUUUGACCACGCCUCUUGACAAAUUUGACCACGCCUCUUGGCAAAUUUGACCCUGCCUCAUAACAAAUUUGACCACGCCUCUUGGCAAAUUUGACCCCGCCUCAUAACAAAUUUGACCACGCCUCUUGACAAAUUUGACCACGCCUCUUGGCAAAUUUGACCCCGCCUCAUAACAAAUUUGACCCCGCCUCAUAGCAAAUUUGACCACGCCUCAUAACAAAUUUGACCACGCCUCCUAACGAAUUUGACCCCACCUUUUGACAAAUUUGUCCCCAUCUCUCUUGGCAAAUUUGUUCCCGCCUCUUGACAAAUUUGUUCCCGCCUCUUAACAAAUUUGUUCCCGCCUCUUGACAAAUUUGUUCCCGCCUCUUGACAAAUUUGAGCUCGCCUCUUGACAAAUUUGACCGCCCCUCUUGACAAAUUUGACCCCGCCUCUUGACUAAUUUGACCCCGCCUUUUGACUAAUUUGACCCCGCCUCUUGACUAAUUUGACCCCGCCUCUGGACAAAUUUGACCCCGCCUCUGGACAAAUUUGACCCCGCCUCUUGACAAAUUUGACCACGCCUCUUGACAAAUUUGACCACGCCUCUCGACAAACUUGACACCGCCUCUUGACAAAUUUAACCCCGCCUCUCGACAAAUUUGACCACGCCUCUUGACAAAUUUGACCACGCCUCUUGACAAAUUUGACCCCGCCUCUUGACUAAUUUGUUCUCGCCUUUUGACAAAUUUGACCCCGCCUCUUGACAAAUUUGACCACGCCUCUUGACAAAUUUGAUCACGCCUCUUAACGAUUUUUACCCAACCUUUUGUAAAUAUGACCCCACUUCUUGGCAAAUUUUUUCCUGCCUUUUGAAUUUGUCCCCGCCUCUCGACAAACUUGACCCCGUCUCUCGACAAACUUGACCCCGCCUCUUGACAAAUUUGACCCCGCCUCUUAACUAAUUUGUUCCCGCCUUUUGACAAAUUUGACCACGCCUCUUGACAAAUUUGACCACGCCUAUUGGGAAGGCCUGACACGGCUCUAGUAGUAUUGUGACAAUGUAUUCUAAGACUAUCUGGUUAAGUUGAUAGCCAACAUCUAUAGAGAAUAGUACUUAUUACUGUAUUGAAAACACAGCUUGUUGUGAUAAAGCACGAGUUAUAAAGUUAUCUCCUUACUCUCUUCACCUCUGUGAUAGUUUAAGAUAUCGGGGCUUUUUUAUUUAAGGAUUGGGGAUUGUUAAAAAUUAUCCACACCUAAAAUGUAAAUAAAUUAUUUAGAAAUAAAUAGCAAGUUGUUGCUUUAUUUGUAA